AUGAUUACGAUUUUGAGCGCGAAUCCGAAUGUGAUCGGUUGCGGCGACGAGCCGGUCGACGGUUGCCACGGCCUCAAAUCGCUUCAGAAUCGCACGAGUUGCGCGCCGCGACUCGAUUACCAAUUCGCGUCGGUUCAAGUCGAAUUCAAUUACAUUUGCGACGAGGCGAAAAUGGUGAAGAACACGAUCACCGUGCAGACGUUCGGCGUUCUCGUCGGCGCCGCGAUAUUCGGCCAAUUCUCCGACAAUUUCGGCCGACGAACGGCGCUUCUCAUCGCCGCAUUCGGCAACGGCAUCCUCAAUAUCGUUGUCGCCUAUUCGCCGGACCUCACCUAUUUCAUGAUAUGGCGAACGCUGUCGGGCAUUUUCGCCGGAGGGUUGACAGUGGUGCAAAUGGUGUACAUGGUGGAGAAUAUCCCGCGGAAGCAUCGAAUGUGGAUACAGAACUCGAUCACCUGGUCGCCGAACCUCAUCAUAUUCCCCUACAUCGCCUACCUCUGCCAUGAUUGGCGUACGCUGUCCGUUGUCAUUGGCGGAGCCUCGUUGCUCUCGUUCGUCACCAUUCUAUUCCUUCAAGAAUCGCCGCGUUGGCUUGUGCAGAAAGGGAAGCUUGACGAGGCGCGAAGGGUGCUCGUCAAAAUUCGAAAGACGGAUCGCCUCUACACGCAAGACUUCGAGAAGGAGAUUGAUGAGAUUCUGACGAUCGAGAGUCAGAAGUUCUCGAAAUCAUCGAAAAAAUCGAAAAAGUAUAACUUCGUGCAUUUGUUUUGCACAUGGAAAAUGAUGGCCCAAUCGUUCACCUUCAUAUUUGGAAUAAUCUGCACUACAUUCAUCGUCUACGCUCUAAUGUACAAUAUGGAGAAGCUGUCAGGCUCGCUUUACUGGAAUAGCGCAAUUAUCGGGGCUUCCCGCUGGAUCAUCAACAUCGCCGUCAGCAUCAUCGACUAUCGAUGCGAAUGGUUCGGACGGAAGCUGGUCAACCAGAUAUGCAUGAGUCUCACCGCGAUAUCGCUGGCGUUCAUCGCGCUCUUCACCUACGUCGGACACGGCGAGACGAUCCAAUCGAUCGGCACAAUUGUGACGUUGGCGAUGUGCUCGCAGUUGUUCAUCGCCAAAUAUUUGAUGGUCAACGAGCUCUAUCCGACGGCGGUUCGCAAUAUCGCCGUCUCGGCGGUGUCGACGUUCAGCCGCGUCGGAAGCAUGUUCUCGCCGCAGCUCUUCUAUUUGUCCGACAUCACCGAAUGGCUUCCAUACGCGGUAUUGUUCAUCCUCCAAACUCUCGAUCUCAUCAGUUUCUGCAUCGUGAUUCCCGAAACGAAAGGUGUCCACCUCGAAAACCAUCUUCCGCCGAAGCACAAGCGCAUUUUCGGCAAACACACCUAA